AAUUAAUCCAUUCUAAAUUCUUAUCCUAAAUUCUGAUAAUAAGCUACUGGCUAUUUCCACUCUUUAUUAUAAAAGCUGGGGAAACAAUGGCAGUCAAAACCGUAAUUAUAUUCGACUUUGAUCGCACGCUGAUUGACGACGACUCCUACCGAUGGGUUAUCGAACAAAUGGGCGUCACCCAUCUGUUCAACCAGCUCCGACUCACACUGCCUUGGACCUCUCUGAUGGAUAGGAUGGUGGAGGAAAUACAUAAACAAGGGAAAACGGUUGAAGACAUAGCAGAAUGUUUGAAGCAUGUCCCAUUGCAUCCACGGACCAUUUCAGCUAUAAAGUCAGCUCAUGCCCUUGGAUGUGACUUAAAAAUAGUGAGUGAUGCAAAUCAAUAUUACAUUGCUACCAUAUUGAAGCACCAUGGAUUGUAUGAUUGUUUCUCAGAAAUCAUAAGUAACCCGACCACCACUGAUGGGGAAGGUAGGAUGCAAAUAAUUCCUUACCAUGAUUUGGCUUCACCUCACAGUUGCAAUCUUUGCCCUCCCAACCUAUGCAAGGGUCUUGUAAUGGAGCAUGUCCAAGCUUCUAUCCCUGAGAAAGUGUGUGCAACAUUCAUUUAUAUAGGAGAUGGAAGAGGUGAUUAUUGCUCCACUUUGAAGCUCAAUAAAGGUGAUCAUGUUAUGCCAAGAAAGGGAUUUCCUUUGUGGGAAUGUAUUUUUAGCAGCAACCCUGGGGUGCUGAUCAAAGCAGAUGUUCAUGAAUGGAGCAAUGGUGCAGACCUUGAAACGAUUCUACUCCAUCUUAUUGACAAAUCCUCUGUACCCAGGAAGUAAAACAAAUGUUGCAGACACACGAAUAUAAUAAGUAAACAACCAUUAGAAAUCGUGUGGGGCCUUUUAGAUUAUUUUCUUUUCUAUAAAGUGCUGAUUGAAAAGGCAUUUUAUUACAAUAUACAGAGUAUUAGAGUAGUACUAUUUUUUUGUUACCAUAUUACAUUUGUUUUCUUAUUCAUAUAGGUCUCCUUAUUCAUUUAGGUACCACCUCUAUGAUUAAUAAAGCAAUUCUUUUUGCACAAUUUAUUUUCCUAAUACGUC